GCAGGUCUAUGCACGAAGCCACGCUGGGGGGCUCUGCAUGGGGUCGUCUUUUUCCGAUAAUGUUACACGUUUCAUCCUUGAAUUUCUAUAAUGCUCAUUGUUACCACAGUGAGAUGAAUAAAAGUUCAGUUGCAGGUUCCAGUGAGAACUGGAACAGAACCAAACUGAAGAACAGAACAGCACCUGCAGCAGUGAUUAUGUUCCACAAGAUAGCUCCCUACUGUAUCCCACGCUUGAUGUGGGCAGCGAUUCAGAUCCAUCUCAACCUAGAACCCAGCGCAAGCAGGAUGCUGCCGCGCACAAAGGAAGAUACGGUUUCAUAUAAUGAACACUAAGAAAAUAUAAUGACAGGAUACCACUUUAAACUCAUGGUUAUAUUUAGUGUAAUGCAGCUGUCGCAUUUUGCUUAUGUGAUAUAAACAUAUCUAACAGACAUCAGUGCAAUACUGCUCAACUUCUCACUGCAGUAUCUGCUCUUUGGGUGCUUCUCAUUAAUUUUAACAAGUGGAUUUAUAGCAUGCGUGACUGGUCGCCUUAAGUCACUCUACAGUUUUGUAGAUAAUUCCAUAUCGUUUUUUCCGAUAUGUCAGCAGUAAUACCUGGGCUGCCAACUCUCACGCAUCUGGCGUGACAUACACGCUCACGCAAAAAAAAUCGCGCUAAAUCUAUAUUAUAAAAUAUUAUAAUGUGAGAUUUCGACGCAGGCCUACGUGAAUUUAAUUGGUAUGAGUUUUUAAAUAAAUGCGUAAUACUUGUAUAUAAUUACUGGCUUCUGAGAGUGGAACAGUAGGCUGGCUGUUCAGAGAAGCGGUGAAGCACGCAGGAUAGUUAAAAAGACGCGCACGUGUGCGCAUCCCAUAGUGAACGGCGGAGGAGAGGGCGCUAUACAGUAUAUGCAGGGGGGCACAGAGGAUACACAUUUUCAGCUGAAGCAGUCUUCUCUCUCUGGUGCUCUUAUAAUAUCUCAUCAACACCUGCAGAGAGGGUCUGGGGUGAGGAUGACUCAGAAUGGCAGCCAGAGAACACAGGAAGCUGAGUUGUACUCUUGCCAGGAGCAGGGUUUGGGACAGACGCAGCCUCUGGCCCAGGUGGGCCCUCAGCAGCGCCCUCUAGAGGCUGUGCAGGAGUGCAGUGUGGGUCAGCCUUGUACUCACUUUGUGCAAUCAGUGGAUUCGGAGGAGGAAGCUGCCAAGCUGGAGGAAGAGCCCUACCCACAGCAACAAAUAAUUGUGGAGGUGAAUCUCAACAAUCAGACUCUCAGUGUCUGCAAGGGGGACAAGUUGGCUACCCCCACCGGGCCUCCUUCCCAGGACCGUGUCUCUGUGGUAGAGGCGGAUUGGGUGAACCCUGUGGAUGAGGAGCAGCAGAGCAAAAGGAGAUAUCGCAGGAGAUGGACAGCAAAGGACUUAAAGACCAGCAGAGCUUGGGAGGCUGAUAUGUCACACCCCACAAGGGGGAGCCAGAGGGCUAUUAGUAUUACACGUUCCUUCUCAAUGACGCUUGGCCAGCAGAAAGCUGGGGAGCAGCUUGAACGGAUGCAGCUGUCACCCCAAGAACCCCAGAGGGCGCUGUUCAUGCCAACACCCACCAACUCCAGCAAGUGCCCCCGCACCUUGAGCACCUCCAGGUCUGAGCAGAAGUAUGGGAGCAUCGUGCACCAGCACAUGCAUGUCUGCAACAAAUGCAAUAAGAAGUUUAUGCUGGAUAGCGAGCUGGCCCUGCACCAGCACACAGAUUGCGAGAAGAACAUCCAGUGCACGUCAUGCAGCAGGUCUUUCAAGAAGCUCUGGGUGUUGCACAGGCACCUAAUGGCCAUGCACAGCCUUCCGGAGAAGAAGUUCACAUGCAAGCUAUGUGACAAGAAGUUCUACACACUGACGCAUGUUCGCAAACAUAUGGUCGCUCACACAGAAGACAUGCCCUUCACCUGUGAGAUGUGUGGCAAAUCCUUCAAGCGCCGCAUGUCCCUGAAGGUUCAUGCCCUUCUGCACUCUGGGGAGAAGCCCUUCCCGUGUCAGAACUGUGACAAGAGGUUCCAGUACAAAUACCAGCUACGGUCCCACAUGAGUAUCCACGUUGGACACAAGCAGUUCAAGUGCCAUUGCGGCAAGGACUUCAACAUGAAGCAGUACUUCGAUGAACAUGUGAAGACCCACACAGGAGAAAAGCCUUUCAUCUGUGAUUUCUGCGGGAAGAGUUUCACCAGCCGGCCCAACAUGAAGCGGCACCAGCGGACCCACACGGGCGAGAAGCCGUACCCCUGCGAGGUGUGUGGCCAGCGGUUCCGCUUCUCCAACAUGCUGAAGGCCCACAAACAGAAGUGCUUCCCGCUCUCUGGUUCUGUCACUGACGUGCUGGCCAGUGGCUGUGAGGCCCCCCCUUCACCAUCCCACCCCAGCCCUACUGGCACUGUGUCUUCCUCCUCGUCUUGGACCCCCAACCCUCAGUCCAGUGAGUGGGACACUUCCUGCACCCUCCCACUGUCUCCCCCCUGCGUGGUCCCACCUUCCAGUGCCUCCACAAUCUUUAAAACUGAGCCCCCCAUCCAACUAGGGUAUGACGGCAUUACACUGCUUCAGAAGAACACAUCUGCAGGCCAGAAGCACUGCUGACAUUAAACUGGGGGGGGGGGGGGCACAUCUUUAUGGAGAAAAAUAAAGCCAUAGUCAAAGAUCAUCAUCACUGCCCUGCGGAGGAAUGGCAUCCCAUCCAGGAUGUACCUCUGCCUUGAGUCCUAUGGUGCCUGGGAUAAGCUUCAGCCUCCCUGUGAUCCUGACCAGGAUAAGGGGUUCGAGGAUGGAUGGAUGGAUGGAUGGAUGAUGGAUGGAUGGAUGGAAAAUGUCUGCUGAUAAUAAUAAAUGCACUUCUGUCACACAGCGUUAAAAGACCUCCUUGAAUCAUCCUGUAUCCACUAUGAUUGUGAACUGUAGUUUACGGUGGUUGGGGGCAGUCUCUUUUACAAACUCUCAUCAGACAAUGUGGAACCAUGCUACCUUAGUCCUACCAAUGGGCAGGUCUCACAGACUUGGGCUGUCAUAAAACGAAGCUUAUUAAAAUUAUGUAUUUGUAUUGUGCUUUGGGAGACUUUCAUUUCAAUGAAGAAUCAUAAUAUAACCUGAUAAUUGCUCCUUGUUUCCAUCUGUCCUUUUGGAAUAAAUAAAUAUAAUUUGUUCAGGCAACUCAAAUCCCUCAACAAAGUGAAACCUCAGUCCUUGCCGCAAUAACGAUGCUGAUACCUAUCAUUUGUGUUUCAUUUGGUUUGCAUCACGGAGGUGUGGGAUGGGGGUUGAAGUGGUCUGUCAGCACUCAUACUUCUUUCUCAUGGGAGUUUUAAUUACACAAAAAUGUUCUGAGGGCAGAAGCAAAAAUGAUUGGUUCAGCGAGAUAAUCAGAUUGUAGAGGAGUUGGGUCCAAGCAACUAGAGGAGGCAGGACCCACCUCCUCUACAAUCUGAUUGGUUAUCACUCUGAUCCAAUCAUUUUUCCUUCUGCCCUGAGAACAUUUUUCAGUUCUGAAUAUAAUACAUAAUGUAACCUGUAUUCUGUACGGAUCAUAGCCAGAAGAAACAUGUUGCCUUGAUCCAAUUUUUACACUAAAAAUAAAUCCUAUUCAUGUGGUGUUGGAGGAAAAACAGUACUGACAAACGCAAGUCUAAAUAAACUAAUUAAGUUUGAUCAACCUUGUUUGUGGUUGUAUGCAAUAAUGAAUCACAAGAAUGCAAUUGUACACGUCUGACGCAAAAUCCAGUAAUGACCAGUCACUUACUCCUAGUGGUUAAUUUGUUGAGUCCUCACGGGAGAUUAGAUUAAAUCUGUGUUUAUUGUAUCAUAACCGGCAAACUUCAGACUUUAAAUGCUGGAUCAUAGUGCAUUUAUUACUUUGGGCAUUGAUCAAUGGUUGCAGUUAAACUGUAAUUUAAUGUGUUUGUGUUUGAUUCUGUUGUUUAAGUGGACCCAUUGACUACAGUAGAAUUACUGAGGGUGAGUUGCAUAGCUCUGAACUGUGUGGACACUGCACUUUUCCAGUUUCACAGACACCCUCUUAUGGGUAGCUACAUCUCAAUGUUACUCUUCAGACCACCGUAGCCCUUGAUUGGGGAUCCUUUGAAUCCAUAACCAAGCUCACAAAAAAGUGAUUCCUUUCCCAUUCAUGACAUUCUGAGCAUUGUCUUUACAGAACCUUGAUGCUGUUUGUAAAUGGGUGACUUUUUUGUGGUUGUGUUUUCAUGUUAGAUCUGUUGCAGUGUCGCUUCGUGUCUGGGAAGGAGAGAUAGAGCUCCAUAUCAAUUUACAUCUCUCAGUCAUAGUGAUCUGUCCACUUGAGACCUGUGUUAGCAACUGUUAGAUGGGCCAUUGGCUCAAAUUUCUCAUUUUCACUUCUGCUUCAGCAUUGCUUUUGGGAGAGCGAGACCAGUCAGCUUGUGUGGGUAUUUCUGGGUGAAUGAAUCACCGGAUCAUGCAUUUAAACAGUACUAUGCAUAUAUCAAAAUUCAAAGGAAAUGUUUAAAGCUAUUUAAACAUUUGUGUGUGUGUGUGUGUGUGUGUGUGUGCAUGCCCAGAUGUUCCCAUGAUAAAAGCCUGUUAUUUUGAUGUUGUGGGGACCAUUUUUCUGGUCC